UGCUAAGCAGUGGGUUUACAACUUGUAACGUACAAGUCUUCAUUUAGGCGUUACCAUUCUUGCACUUAAGUUGGGCAGUGAUAUUACAUUUUGUGUAACAUGGUGAGGAACCUCCUUUAUUUAAAACUCUGGUUCAGAGCAAAGGAAUGGUUCCAAUCUUGGAAGUCAAUUUGCUUGGCGUUAUGAAAAAAUCCUGGAGUUGUGCCCAGUGUUAACUGUACAGUAUUUAAUCUGGUAACUUUAGCUUUUUGUAGAAUAUGCUAGGCUUUUCCAACGGGAAAAUAUGUAAAUGGAAGAUUUUGGCUAGAUGUGACCAGAACACCUGUUUCAUGCUCCUUACAACGUCUGCAGGAGUGAGCCUUCUGGCAAAUCUCAGACCUAUGGUGGUACUAGGUUUCUUUUUAGUUGAUGAUGAAAAAUGUUUUCUCCUUUUCCUCUCUUCUUGUCAUCCUCUCUCAAAAUUGUCUUUUGGCUUUGGGGAUGGACAGAAAGUGUGAACUUAACUAAUGUUUCUCUCUCUGCUUUUACAGUGUUAUUUCUGCCUCUUUGGGGCAACUGGGAACAUAUACAUUUGCUUUCAGAAUGAAAGUUUAUAUUGGAAAAAGAGCUUCUGCCCACUUGCCAGUUGGGAGACUUUAAAAAAAAAUAAAAGGCAAAAUUAUGGAAAAAUAUGACAUGGGAUUGGAUUUAUUCAUAGCUUUGUGUUUGAUCCUAGGCGUUCUGUAAAUUUUAAGUUUGAAGGGUAAAUUUUCUACCCACAAAGAUUCUAUUAAAAGUUCCUAUAAUUUCAGUAGACAGUUCUGGUAAACUUGAUUCUUUCAUCUUUUUCUUUAUUUAAAAAAAAGUGUGUGGGUGGGGGGAGUGUUUAUAACAAUUUUUUUUAUCCAAAACAACUUAAAUAAUUGGUAUACCUUGGUGCUAAUGUUUUUGUUCAUUCUUGUGCCACAGCGUAGGGCAUAUAUCAUCAUUUUAUCCAUUAUUCUGCACACUUAGCGGUCACAACUUGUGUAUUAGACUGUGUUGCCUUGGGAUUUAGCUGCUUGUUGGCUUUAGUUUGUCGCUACAGCCUGGUUUUUGUGUAGAAGGUUGGAUUGUAGCAUUCCAAUGUUACUAUAUUAGGACAAACCAAGUGCUCUUUAAUAUAGUAGCUUCCUAGCAAACAUAACUUUUGCUCAUGAGCUUUGUACCUUAAAAUUAGGAGGGAUGCCCUUAGGGGAAGCCUUGCAACUGGAUCCCUCCGAGUGUGGGGGAAAUUCAGUAUCUGAAUCGACGAUGCAUAGUGCUGCCCUGUCUGACUGGACCAAACUACUGAACUGAACACUUCUCAACUUUUGAGGGAAGGUCUAGUUAUUGGUUAUACUUUUGGAAGUGAGGUUACGGAACUGACCAGUUGACAUUGGCUGAGACUGUUUUGCUGGUUCUAGAAAGGUUGCUGCUGUGAACUGAAUUUUGGGAGAAGAUCCAUAACUAGUUUUGUUUAGAGGUGUAGCUGCAAUAUCUGGCAGUGAGACGGAGGAUGAUGACACCAUGGAUGUUCCACUGGAUCUUUCCUCUUCCACUGCCUCAGGCAAACGGAGGAGACGUGGUAACCUGCCCAAGGAGUCAGUGCAGAUUCUUCGGAACUGGCUGUAUGAGCACCGAUACAAUGCCUAUCCAUCAGAGCAAGAAAAAGCACUAUUGUCCCGACAAACACACCUUUCUACACUACAGGUCUGCAACUGGUUUAUCAAUGCACGCCGCAGGCUUUUACCUGACAUGCUGAGGAAGGAUGGCAAGGAUCCAAAUCAAUUCACUAUCUCACGAAGAGGAGGGACCAAGAUUUCUGAAGGCAGCCCAGUGGAGUCUUCCACAAGCACAAAAAACUACAUUCCACUGUUGGAAGAGAACUCAUUUCUUUCUGGUACCACAGGACUAAACAAGGCUGUCUCUUCUAAACCUUCUUCCCCAGGAUCUGUUUUGGCUCGACCUUCAGUGAUUUGCCAUACCACUGUAACUGCAUUGAAAGAUGCCCCUUUCCUUUUGUGCCAGCCAGCUGGUGUAGGCCCGACCACUGACCUGCAGCAGACAUCAGCUAGCAGAUUCACAGACAACCCUCUUGAAUACCACGAGGAUGCUUCUAAACUAGGACCUGGUACAAAUGCACAAAGUGGCCUUUUUAACACUCCUCCUCCUACCCCACCAGACCUCAACCAAGAUUUUAGUGGAUUUCAGCUUCUGGUGGACGUUGCACUCAAAAGGGCAGCAGAGAUGGAGUUGCAGGCAAAACUUAUGGCCUAAUCCCCCUUUUUUUUUUCAGGCAGGAAUUUAACAAAUAUGUGAUUAUUGCUGCCCAUGUGAUAUCAAAAGACUAACUGCAUUUUUUAUUAUUAAUCUUAUUUGCACAAGGAAUUGCUGAAAUGAAGCUUCCUGUCACUGAGGUGGUCUUCAGUGAAAUAUGGUCAUUCCAAGAAUUAUAAACUUAAAGCUACUGUAGAAACAAAGGGUGUUUUUGUUUGUUUGUGUUGUUCUUAUGUUUCUUAGUAGGUUUUUCAUAAUGUGAGAUGGUUCCCAAGAUCAUGUGAUUUUUGUUUUUGUUUCUUUCAGACUGUGCAAUAUCUAGUAAUGAUGUAGACUUCUUAUCAUUCCCGUGUGGAACAGAAUAUGCCAACAUGCUGUCUAAAACAAAUGUUCAGUUUUUUUUAACAAUAUGAACCUGAAUGAUUAUGCUUUUUUUCCACGAUAUAAUAAAAUAUUUUCUUUAAAAAUGGA